AUGUGGCAGCGGGUGACUACGAACCCACCGCCCAUUGAGUGCAGCCGGACAAGGCGACCCACGCAGAACCGAGAUCCAGUGAAGAGACGCCAGAGGGAGAGAGGAGUUUUGGUUUACGUCGUGCAGGCGAAUGCUGCAAAACCCGCCGGUCAUUGGCUUCACGCUUACACAAAGCAGGACUUCGGGGCGAAUGUGCUGUUUAUCGAAGUGGUCUGGGGGUUUUGUACCUCUCGUAUGCCUUGCCUUGUGGUUUGGGGUUGGAGGGGUGUGUUAUUGGAGACAGAGCUGAGCACGACAGAGUCUCGUUAUUUCGAUAUCGUCAACGAGACUCUAGUCGUGAUUCAUAGUGUCUGUCACAGGUUGGAGAUGGAAUCGGGCACAAAAAAUUGGUUCUUCAAUCGACAAAGUGAUCAGUUUAUGUGUUGCAAUGGGAAAUUGCAUUCGAAGGUGUUGAAUGUAUUUUUUUGUAUAAUAAUAAUGUUCUUAUCGCUGUGGACGUUGACGAGCGGUAAAUCGACGCCGUCGAAAUAUUUGGCAGAAAAUAUGAAGGAAGACGACGGCGUAAAGGAUAUUUUGAAGCAAUAUUUAAAUGGAGAUGAGAUCGAUAGAGAUUUACAUCAGAAAGUGACGGUUCUGUUGGCGUGUUUCACGUUGGCGACAGCCGUCAUAGCAAUGACGGCCUUUUUGUACAGUUCGAGGGUGGUGUAUCAAUGUUACCAGUACUUCGAGGCUCAUCAGAAAGCGAAGAGAAUGGCCGAGGCAAUCUCCGAGAUCGAACGAAGUCACGAAAUUUGA